UUUAUCUUGUCCACACUGGUGUGAGACCUGCCAGUGUGGCAGAUGCUAAGAUCAAGCUAGGUCAACUUUAGAGAAAGUACUGCAGAGUUUAGCUUGGGCUUUCAAAAAGCACAGGCAGAUUACAACAUUUUAAUCUCAGAGCUGCAGAAAUUCUUUCUACAUUGCAACACAUUCACUGCAGAGAAAUGCCAGGCAUGCUGCUUCUGGGUGCCACACCUUUUUGAGUUUUUUGGUGAAGGGAGAAAGGGAGCUUUGGGUAGUACAACCACAGAUAAACAAAAAAAAGCAGUGCACCUCCCUGUGUUAGUCAUCAUGGGAGAGAGGACGUCCAACCACAAUGAAGUCCUCAGAGGCAGCUGAAGUGAACAGUGUGUUGGAGAGCAUGAACCUCUUAAGGAUGGCAAGUAAACCAGGCCCAGUUCAGAUCGUCACAGUGUGUAAGGAGGAUCACCUCUUUGCUUUGGACACAGAGGCUUUGGCUCGGGUCCUGUUGGCCCCCGAGGUCAGGGACAAAAAUGUGGUGGUGCUGUCGGUGGCCGGAGCCUUCAGAAAGGGCAAGAGCUUCCUGCUUGAUUUCAUGCUCCGCUACAUGUACAGAAAGGAUGAUGAAAACUGGCUGGGUGACGAUGAGGAGCCGCUGACGGGAUUUUCUUGGAGAGGAGGUUCUGAACCAGAGACAACAGGCAUCCAGCUGUGGAGCGAAGUUUUCCCCAUCCAAAAGAGCGAUGGAACAGAGGUGGCAGUAGUGUUGAUGGACACUCAGGGAGCCUUUGAUAACCAGUCCACCGUGAAGGACUGUGCCACCAUCUUCGCCCUCAGCACCAUGACCAGCUCAAUACAGAUCUACAACCUGUCACAGAACAUACAAGAGGACGAUCUGCAGCAGCUACAGCUGUUCACGGAGUACGGUCGUCUUGCCAUGGAUGAGAUCUUUCAGAAGCCCUUUCAGUCUUUGAUGUUCCUGAUCAGGGACUGGAGCUUUCCCUAUGAAUAUUCCUACGGGUUCAAAGGAGGCAAUGCAUUCCUGGAUAAACGGUUACAGGUGAAUGAGUCCCAGCAUGAGGAGCUGCAAACAGUGAGGGAUCACAUCCAUUCAUGCUUCACCAACAUUUCCUGCUUCCUGUUACCUCACCCUGGGUUGAAGGUUGCCACCAGCCCUAAUUUUGAGGGGCAGCUUAAUGCUGUUGCCCCGGAGUUCAAAGACGAGCUGAGGAGCCUGAUCCCUAAACUGCUGCAUCCCGAUCGUCUGUCUGAGAAAGAAAUAAAUGGAAACAAAGUCACUUGCAGGGGCCUGCUCGAGUUCUUCAAGGCUUACAUCAAGAUUUACCAGGGAGAAGAUUUGCCACAGCCAAAGACUAUGCUCAUGGCUACAGCAGAGGCCAACAAUCUGGCAGCCGUGGCAACAGCCAAAGAUCAGUAUAGCAAGAACAUGGAGAAGGUCUGCGGGGGCGACUUGCCCUAUGUGGCCCCUGAGUCUCUGGAGGAAAAGCAUCACUUUUACUUCCGAGAGGCUCUCCACAACUUCUCCAAGACCAAGAAGAUGGGCGGACAAGAUUUUUGUGACCGUUACCAAGCAGAGCUGGAAACAGAGCUGGAGGAAAUGUGGCAGUCACUCAGCAAGCACAAUGCGGCAAAAAACCUCUUCAGUGCCUUCCGGACGCCUGCGGUGCUGUUUGUCCUGGUGUGCCUUCUCUACGUGCUGUCUGGUGUGUUGUUCUUCGUUGGCCUGUCUACCUUCGCCUUGGUGUGUGACUGCACUCUGGGUGUGGUCAUGAUGUCCAUGCUGACGUGGGCCUUCAUCCGCUACUCUGGACGGUACCAAAAUGUGGGAGGAGCCAUCGACCAGGCCGCAGGUGUCGUCCUCGAGCAGGCCACCGUGGUGAUGAACAAGUCAAGAGGUGUGGGCACUGUAGACCAGAAGAAAUCCAGAUAAAGGACCUCUGGACCUUCGUAUCUCGAUGCAAUGCUACCAGCACCCAACACAAGCACACAUUCAGCACUAAAGCCUUAUCAUGCCUCCCAUUGGAACAAACAUGCAGAUCAACCACAUUGGCACAAGGUACAAACAUGAUGCCAAUUCACCAGCAUCUUUAUAAUGCACAUUGAAGUCCUAGUUUAUGUAAAGUUGACUGGAUUCACUGAGGCAGGGAUUCAAAUCAUCCCAACCCCUCUUAUUGAUACUUCAUGUCUUAAAUUGACACUGCCAUCAUUUUACAAGUUUACAAUUGGUCUUAAGAGACAUGUCAAUGUUUACCUUUAAACCUUUGAACCUAUAAAACACUUACUUGGUUUGUCAGGGUGAUUAUCAAAGAAAGCUUCUGCAGUAAAUCUUAUUACCUUAAAAAAACAAAACAGCUUUAUAGCUUAUAUGUUUAUACAUAUCACUUUGUGGCUAUAUUUUUUUACUUUGCGGCCUUAAAACAUUCCAUUCUGUUUGUAGAUUUGCUUUAUAUUUGAUAUAAACUAGCAUUUCUACUUUGAAAGGAUAAGAGGAUACGCACUUUCUAUAUAGCACAGUAGAUUUUGGAAGUUGCAUGUUAUGGGAGUUCAGUUGAAUCUCAUUCGUCUCAAGUGCUUUGCCGUUUAUUCCUUGAUGGAACGUGUUACACUUUGUAGAUUUUGAUACUUUAUGCUAGACUCUUCUAGGGAAAAUGAUAUAGAGGAACUUGUAUUCUGGACACUUUUCAACUCCAAAGAUAAGACAUUAUUGGAAUACUCAGAGGUGUUUAACGCACAAAAUACUAUCUACUAAGCUAGCGACCAGUCAGCCAAAGAGUUAGCUUUUAAUAUUUGAUUUAUACUUUGAUUUAAACUCAGUGAAAAAACACUUUGCAACUCAAACAUAGCAAGUGUUGAACAAACAUAGAACAAAUAACAAGCAGGAUGUAAAACGGUAAUAAGAAUAAGGAGUAAUAAUCAGUAGAUACCAAUAGAAAAUGUUACAGCAUGGCUGUUGGUACACUUCUCCAUUUUCAGUUGCACCUCAGAUUAAUUCUUGAUGUAAUGCUUUUAGCGGACAUUUUGUAGCCUGUGCUAUCAGCUCCACUGUGAGAAAACACUCUGUGAUUCAUCACUAUGACGCAUUGCUCACAUUAGUGAUCCGGCUGCAGCUGAAAGUUUCAAUGUGAUAAUUACUGAACUCGGACUUCUUUUUUAAUAUGACAAAAAAAAAAUUUGGUUAAUUUUCACUUUAAGUUUAUUUCAAUCAAGCUUAAAACCAUUGCGUGCUUAGGUCAGAGCUUUGCUUCAAUAGAAUUGCAUGCAAUGGUUACAUAACAUAUAAUGAAAACAUUUAGCAUAAAAAUAAUAAAUGCUGACUAUUUUCUUAGGUCCUCGGUUGCCUGCAGCAUUUAACCAUCAGCCGUAUUUUUCCAAAAUCAGUCGUUCUUGGAAUUUAGAAGGUAGACUUCACAGUGGAUUUAUUAUGUUUUAGUUUUCCUUUGCAGGGCCAAGCAGGACAUCUCAGGCCAACUCAGAAAGAACACGUCAUUGCAUUAAAGGACUCUGAUUAUUUAAAACUAUGCCUUACAUCUCUUAACAUGAGAGGUGGAUUCUUUCAGAAUUAUUCAAUUGGAGAACUGGAAUGGUAAUCAUUUAGUAUUGUAUUCUAGGUCUUUAAAAUGCCACAAGAUUGUUAGACCUGAGAGCGGAUGUAGGAUAAUAUAGACUAAUGAUUUUUCAUUGUGUACUUCAACAACUAACCAUAUAUUAACUGCGCUCGAAUACAGAAUGGUCACAGAAAAGGCCAAAAAAACAGUGCAUUAAUCUCAGUUGUUCCAUGAUACUGUAGGUAUAAAUCAUAAGAAUACGAGGUCAAAAAAGAGUGUGAAAAUAUGGAUGAUGAGAGACUUUCUCAAGCCAUGAUUUCUGACCAUCAUUUUGCACCUUCUAUGUCUGUCCCUUUGCACAAGAGGAGGAAACAAGCACUUUCUUUUGCACUCCUCCUCCUCCUCUUUGGUGCUUUUUGCACUCUGCUCAUUCCAAAGGUAAACGCAUGCAAUAUUGUUGUUAAAGCUAAUGUAAUAAUCUCUUGCAGGGGUAUUGUGGCCUUGACUUGAGAAAUGCUGUUUUCUAAAGAAUAAACAAAGCUUGAAAC